AUGAGGAGAGGGGUGGCCGACUACCCAGGACGAGAGGCGGCCGACCACGCAGGACGAGAGGUAGCCGACUGGAGGGACCCAGGACGGGAGGCGGCCGACUACCCAGGACGAGAGGCGGCCGACUACGCAGGACGAGAGGUGGCUGACUGGAGGGACCCAGGACGGGAGGCGGCCGACUACGCAGGGCGACAGGCGGACGACUACCCAGGACGAGAGGCGGCCGACUACCCAGGACGAGAGGCGGCCGACUACGCAGGACGAGAGGUGGCCGACUGGAGAGACCCAGGACGGGAGGCGGCCGACUACGCAGGGCGACAGGCGGCCGACUACCCAGGACGAGAGGCGGCCGACUACCCAGGACGAGAGGUGGCCGACUGGAGGGACCCAGAACGAGAGGACGUCGGCUGGAAGGAUCCGACGGUCAAGGCCGAGCCGUGCGAGGACGACCGCGUCCUCCUCGACCUCGACAAUGUCAAGGCGGAGCCGCGCGAGGACGACCGCGUAAUCGUCGACCUCGACGACGUCAAGGACGAGCGGCUGAGGCUGCUGGUCAGUCGGGGCUCCCCGCCCGGCGGCCACCGCGACGUCGAGGACUCGAGGGGCUUGUCCGCCAGGACCCUGGAUCCCCUGGAUCCCCUGAACGGCGUCGCCCACGCGGUGCACCUUGAGCACUCUUCGGGCUCCCGAGGGGCGUCCACCGUCGACGUCGCCGGCGAGACGCGACAGUAUGGCGGAGGCCGGAGCGUUCAGGCUCAUGGCGUCGAGUGGGACGAGAGUGCGAGCACCAGCGGACUACUCGGCGAGGCCGGGCGGAAGUGCAACUACUGCACCCAAGAGUUUCCUACGACAUCCGCACUGAAAGAUCACAUCAGUGAAGAACACGACCUCGCCGCGCCGUACAAAUGUGGAUUGUGUGGGCAGGGUUUUGCAAAACAUAACACCCUGUCCAGGCACAUCCUGACACACACGGACGCGAGGCCGUAUCAAUGCGACCUCUGUAAAAAGAGGUUCGUCUACAAAUGUACCCUGCUCGUACACAUCAGGACAAUACAUGGUGGUGAGAAGAACUAUCGUUGUGACAUUUGCCACAAGCGUUUUGCUGAUAAAUCUAAACUUGCCUAUCACAUCAGGACGCACACUGGUGAGAAACCGUUCCAGUGUGACAUCUGUAAAGUGAGGAUGAUCCGGAAAGCUCAACUUAUUGCUCACAUGAGGAAACAUACUGGUGAGAAGCCAUACAAGUGUGAUUAUUGUGGGGAAAGCUUCGCCACAGCAGUUUUGGACAUGUUCUGUUUUGGGAAUGUACAGUUGAACAUAAUAAUGUUGUCAAUUCUUGGUUUGGAAGUUUGUUAA